CGUGCCAGUCAAAGUGCAAGCUCCGCGGUUGGAUAGUUGAUGGCGAAGCGCUCGUUUUGAUUCACUGCGCUGCCCGCUGACUGUGUGUGGCGCGCUCAGAUUGAAUAGCAAAGCCGCAAAGCUGAGAUUUAACAAUCUCCUCCUGCUUUGCCGGUAUUAAAUCGAAGCUACUUUUGUGCCUUAGGUAAACUAUAGGGUGGAUGUAAAACCUUUUGUAAGCAUUUUCUAGGUCUUACGAGGACGCUUGUCCCUCCAUGUGGAAACAAACGCACUCGCCCUACUGCGCGUUUUCGUUUCACAUCUCGCGAUGAUUGCAGAGCGGUGGCGUUGUUCGGGCGAGCCGACGACGAGACUGUAGCUGUCUGGAAAUCUGUCUUGUGGGUUAGUCUGAAACGUAUUCUUCAUAUUAGACAUUUUUGUACGUCCGACAAGUUAAUCGUUUUACAUUUUGACCCACGCCGCAGUUAGUUUCCUGAAUUAGACUGGAGAAUGGCUGCCGCUGAGGUGAACGGUAGUUCUGCUCCGGUAAAGGAGGAAGAAGAGCCCAUGGAUGUGACAACAACACACACAGAGAACUAUCAGACACUCAUUGAUGCUGGACUGCCCCAAAAAGUGGCUGAAAGUCUAGACAACAUCUUCCAGACAGGCUUGGUGGCGUAUCUUGACCUGGACGAAAGGGCUAUUGAUGCACUAAGGGAGUUUAAUGAGGAGGGAGCACUUACUGUGCUGCAGCAAUUCAAAGAGAGCGAUCUGUCACAUGUACAGAAUAAAAGUGCUUUCCUUUGUGGAGUCAUGAAGACCUACAGACAAAGAGAAAAACAAGGAAGUAAAGUACAAGAGUCCACCAAGGGCCCAGAUGAGGCGAAAAUAAAGGCUCUGUUAGAGCGGACAGGAUACACUCUGGAUGUCACAACAGGGCAGAGAAAAUACGGAGGUCCCCCACCUGAGGAUGUAUUCAAAGGAACACAACCAGGGAUUGGAACUGAGGUGUUUGUCGGAAAAAUCCCCAGAGAUCUGUAUGAAGAUGAAUUGGUGCCGCUCUUUGAGUCUGCUGGUCCAAUCUGGGACCUCAGGUUAAUGAUGGACCCUCUGUCUGGUCAGAACAGAGGUUAUGCCUUCAUCACAUACUGCAAUAAGGACGAUGCACAAAAGGCUGUGAAGCUUUGUGAUAACCAUGAAAUCCGCCCUGGAAAGUACUUGGGAGUGUGUAUAUCUGUUGCAAACAAUCGCCUGUUUGUCGGAUCAAUUCCAAAGAACAAAACAAGGGAAAGUAUAUUGGAAGACUUUGGAAAAGUUACAGAGGGUCUCCAAGAGGUGAUAUUGUACCACCAGCCAGAUGACAAGAAGAAGAACCGUGGCUUCUGUUUCCUGGAGUACGAGGACCACAAGUCUGCGGCACAGGCUCGCCGCCGCCUAAUGAGUGGCAAGGUCAAGGUGUGGGGAAACCCAGUCACCGUGGAGUGGGCAGACCCUGUUGCUGAACCAGACCCAGAGGUCAUGGCCAAGGUGAAGGUGCUCUUUGUCAGGAAGCUGGCAACAGCAGUGACUGAAGAGCUUCUUGAAAAGACCUUCUCUCAGUUUGGAAAGCUGGAGCGAGUAAAGAAACUUAAAGACUAUGCGUUUGUCCAUUUUGAAGAAAGGGAUGCUGCUGUAAAGGCAAUGGAUGAGAUGAACGGGAAGGAGCUAGGAGGAGAGGAAAUCGAGAUCGUUCUGGCAAAGCCCCCAGACAAGAAGAGGAAAGAGCGCCAAGCAGCUCGGCAGACCACCAGGAAUGCAGGGUAUGAUGAUUACUACUACUACCCACCACCACGCAUGCCACCACCAGGCCGAGGAAGGGGUCGUGGUGGCCGAGGGGGCUAUGCCUACCCACCAGAUUACUAUGGAUAUGAAGACUACUAUGAUGACUACUAUGGCUACGACUAUCAUGACUACCGUGGUGGCUAUGAAGACCCUUACUACGGCUACGAGGAUGUGUACAGCAUGAGGGGCCGUGGUACUCGUCCCAGCAGGGGAGGGCCUCCUCCACCUAGGGCACGUGGAGCACCACCGUCACGAGGCCGGGGCGGCUACGCCCAAAGAGGGCCUCCCCUUGGUGGUCCAAGGGGUGGCCGUGGAGGGCGGGGAGCCCCUUUCCAGCCGCAGAGGGGCCGCGGUCCUCGCGGAGCCAGGGGCAAUCGCGGGGGAAAUGUCGGAGGAAAGAGGAAGGCAGACGUGUUUAACCAGCCUGACUCCAAGCGCCGCCAGACCAACAACCAACAGAACUGGGGAUCCCAGCCCAUCGCCCAGCAGCCCCUGCAGCAAGGGGCCGACUAUUCCGGUGGAGAAGCAUUGAGAGCGGCACCACUAGAAUGAGGAACUCACCUGAACGGUACUCAAGGGUUAUGAAGAACACAAGUCACUAAAGUUGACUGAAGAAUCAUUGAAAAUAUUAAAAUUAAUUGUGUUACCAGCAUGUUUCUGGGGUUUAGAGAACAUGUGAAGAGUGCACAUUUCCCCCACAUAGUGCCUAUUUUCCCCCUUAAGCCAAAUGAAAAGUUGUGCACAAUUUUAAGAGCCAAAAGGCUGUUGCUUUAGACUGGAUUUAGCAGCCAGAAGGCAGACAGUCAAGGAUUUGGUAAGCACUAUAAACCUCAAAACCCUGCAAGCACCUGUUGCCUGUCUUCGCUUACUGCACCAAAAUCACCUCAGCUGUCUGCACACACAUUUUUGGGGUGGGGGUGGGGGUGAGUGGACAUUUCCUCUCCUGCACCGCUAGAGGUAGCAGUUCAACACAAGCACGACUAGUGGUCCGUUGUUUCUAAAUCCGAUGCUGCAUUUAUUGGGCAUUUUUAAAGCUGCAGGAGGGUUAAUUAAUUGGUAAAUAUUGGCCAGAGGUGCUGUUUUUAAAAUGUAUUCAGAUUGCAGUGGGGAUGCUGAGUUAAAUAUUGGUAAAAUUGGCUGAUUUUGGAACAAUGGAGAUGCCUCAAAACUGAUGUCUUUACCAUUUAACACCACACGAUGGCGGUAGGAGGGCUACAUUAUUUAUAUUACACAGGUAAGACUGGGAUUGUAGGGACCCCAGUAGGUAAUUGUAUUAUGUGACACACACAUGUUGGUUUGCAUUGAAGUGCCAUCAAAUGCUGGAGUGUCUUUAAACAGCUUCUCAUAUCAGAACUGUCUUUAUAUGUUGCCUCUUGUCACCAGGCAGUAAAGGAGCUGCCCCCAUCCAUGUGAAUGAGUUCACACAAAUGGAAGGGACUGAUUGCUCUUAGUCAGGAGACAGUUGUCCACAAGAUGCAAGAGAGAGACCUGUCACAGGGAUGAUCAGAAUGAGCUGCUUAUACUUGACGUCCAGUACCCAUGCGAACACGAGCUGGCUUCCUUGUUUACAGCUCAGCAGGCAGCAGAGAAGCGUAGGAGGAUACAACUGAGGGAUAUGUCAUGAUCCAGAGUUCCAACCAGCAGGUGGCUGCUUCCUUAUCCUGCCAAAAGAAAUAUCACUGUAAAGGGAAAACAUCUGUUUCUCUUGAUUGUUCAAUAUAUUUUAUUUUCCUAAGUAAAUAUGUGUUUGUGUAUGCAUGUUAAAGGGUUCUUUUGAUUAGUAAUAUUUCAUGUACAG